AUGGCAUCAUUACCCAACGCAUUCGUCACUCUUCUCACCACACCCUCAUACCUCCCCGGAGCCCUCGUACUCCUCCAUUCUCUCAUCUCACUCCAUCCUGCUCCACGAGAUUUCAAGAUCGUAUGUCUGGUCACUCCAGAGACCGUAGAUGCGAAAACCAUAGGUGAAUUGAGAAAAGCAGGUUUCGAUUUGGUCAUAGGUGUCGAACCUAUUGGAAGUGGAAAAGCAGGUCAACAAGGCUUAGAUCUUAUGGGUCGACCCGACCUGAAUUUCGCUUUGACGAAAUUACAUCUUUUCAGACUUCAUCCUUUCUUUUCCACAUUGAUCUACCUUGAUGCGGAUGUAUUACCCCUUCGACCGCUUUCUCACUUGUUCACCAGUACUUCCCCUCAUGUGCUUUCUGCAUGUCCCGAUACUGGAUGGCCAGAUUGUUUCAAUUCAGGUGUCAUGGUCAUCAGACCUCGUGAAUCAGAUUGGGUAGGAUUAAAAGGUAUACUCAAAAGUGGUGAAGGUGAUGAUGGUAUUUUUAGAGAAAAUGAAGUUGGUAAUGGAAGUUUUGAUGGUGCAGAUCAAGGUUUAUUAAAUGAAUGGUUCAGUGAAGAAGGUGGUGGUGAUCAAUGGAAUAGAUUACCUUUUACAUAUAAUGUAACUCCCUCCGCAGCAUAUACUUGGGCUCCUGCGUACAAACGAUAUGGUCAUAAAAUCAGCAAUGUCCAUUUCAUAGGUCCUAAUAAGCCAUGGUCCAACCUGAAUGGACGCCCAGCUGGAAUCUCAAAUGUCAAAGGCAAAGAACCGUCUUACGACUAUCCCGCUCUCCUCGAUCGAUGGUAUCAUGUCUACGACACACAUGUUCGACCUACCGCUGCUCAUGCCCCGGAUAUUUCAAGACGAUUCGCUGUUCCCGAAACUAUCGCUGCAUGGAAUCAAUCAGGUGCUGCCUCUGGUGUACCUCAGCAACCCUCAGAUCGAUUAAAUCUCGAGGAACUAAAAACCGCAGCAGCUCAAGGUGUUCUAUCGUUGAAGACUGGACAAUACACAAGUUUACCUCUUGAAGGUCGAGUGGAUUUGCUUAUGCCCAAACCUUACUCAAAACCUGCCGCUUCUGCUGCCGGUCAAAGUCCUACAGCUCUUUCAUCUCCUCCUCUCAGUGCUGCUCCUCCACCUCAGACUUUCCAACAGCAAGUCAACCAACCUGCAGUUUGGGAUGCCGUCCAUCAUGCUCCUCCAUCUCAUGGUAAACCGGAAAUGUCAAUCCAAAUGGACACAAUCUACCAUAACGCUUGGGAACAACCUAAUAAAGAUCAAUCAACAUACUACUCUGCCUCCUCAGAUCAUUCUGAACCUCAGUAUCCUACUUUGCCCGACAGUGUGGUCAAUGAUAAUUGGUACAAGCAAUUCACCGGAACGGUUCCUAAUCUAUCGAAUGUGAAUGCUGUCUUCCCUUGGGAGCAAAAAGGACAACACAGACCUACAGCUGGUCGAGUUUUCCCCCGAGGAGAUACACCCCCUCCUUCUCAUAAUCAAAGACCCACCAUCUUGGUUCGACAAGCAACUCCUGAUUAUCGAUCUCCUACUGGAGACUCAUCACCUUCUGGCCAAUCUCAACCUCGAUCAAUGGCAGAAGCAAUGGCAUCAUACACCAACGCAUGGGAUGAUAUCCCACAGAUUGGUAAAUACGUCAAACGAAUCUCCGGAAUGGCUAAAGACAUUAAAUCCGUCACUUCUCAUGGUGGAUUACAAUCUGUUCCUGGUACACCCAAAGGAGGACCAGGAGGAGGUACUUUCGAUUUCGGAACAAUCAAGAAUGAUGGUGCGGUUACCGAUACAAGUGGUGAUGGUGAUGAUGAAGGUGAUGAAUCAGAUUCAGAAAUUUCAUCAUCUGAAUCUCCAUUAGUAUCGCAAUCUUCAGGUCAAUUCGAAUAUCAACAACAGCAACAGCAACAGCAACAGCAGUCACAGCAGUAUUCAAGUAACGAGAAUUACAGAGAUCGAUUUGCUCAGACUGAUAAAUCUGGAAUGACAGAUCAAAAAAUUCAAGUUGUACCUGGAGGUGGAUCAUCACCUGCAAUGAAAACGAUUUCAAUUCCCUCACAAUCUGGAUCACUUAACAGGAAUUCGAACAGAGUGAAUUAUCCUCAAUCACAAAGUCAACCGCAAAUGACUACAUCUUCAUCUUCUUCAGAUACAACACCUAAACCAUAUUCUCCACCAUCAGAAUCUUCAACUCACAAUACGAUACCUGGUAAUGGUACGUAUGGAUUCGAUUUCAAAAAUCUUCCUCAACAAGGUUCAGGUUCAGGUCCAGGUAAUGCUAAAAGUGGAAGAGUUUGGGAUCCAAGUACAGAUCCCGAAACUAGAAAAAGAGAUUCUCAAGAAGUUUUAACUAGAUUUAUGAGAGCUGGCGCAGGUGGGUUUGGUAAAUAG